AUGGGCAAUACAUCGUUUCAGGUCAUUGUUUUGGGACCCACUGGUGGACCACGUGAAGAUGCUGUAACUGGUAUUCUCGUCCGAUCAACGUCAACAAAUUGGACUCGAGGAUCCGUCAUCGCUGUUGAUGCGGGAACUAUGCUGGCUGGGAUCGUUCGUUUGAUGGAACCACAUAUCCCAACUACGAAGAGCGGCCGCGCAGGAGCUGUCCUCAAGAGUGGACCCUUCAAAGGAUUGAAGCUGCCAAACAAGAGUGCCCAAGCUAACGCUGCGCACGUGUUUCGCGAUAUCAUUGGCGGUUUUUUUAUCACGCAUCCUCACCUGGAUCAUGUUUCAGGUCUGGCAAUGAACACCCCGAUCAUCGAAGCGGGAAAUGGGCCUAAACCCGUUUCAGCUCUACCGUCUGUGCUGGCUGCUAUCAAGAACCAUGUGUUCAACGAUAUUAUCUGGCCAAACUUGUCUGAUGAAGAUGGCGGUGCCGGUUUGCUUACAUACCAACGCUUAGUGGAAGGUGGAAAUCCGCGGCUCGGUGUCGGAGAAACCAGAGGCUAUAUUCGUGCUUGUGAUGGACUCACGGCAAAAUGCUUGAGUGUUAGCCAUGGCCAGUCGUGGUGUUCCACUCCAAUGAUUCCAGACUCAGCCGCCGUGGGAGAUCCGUGGACCAUUCUAACGAUGGAACUUUCUACCCCCCCUGGAUCACCGCGUCUGAUCGGCAACCAGCCUAUUAUGUCCUCCGUGGAAAGCUCAGCAUUCUUCCUUCGGGACGAUGCCACUGGAGAUGAGAUCGUUGUAUUUGGUGACGUUGAGCCUGAUUCGAUCUCCCUAGAGCCACGAAACAGGCGUGUUUGGGAAACCGCAGCGCCUAAAAUUGCGACCGGUAAACUCCCCGCCAUUUUCAUCGAGUGCUCUUAUACCGACAGCGUCCACGAUCCAUAUCUAUAUGGUCACCUAUGCCCACGCCAUCUUGUUGCAGAGCUUACUGUUUUGGCCGAUAAGGUCCUGAACGUGCAGGAGCGAAUGGAAGGAACUGAGAAAAAGCGGAAACGUCCCAUAAUGGGUGAGCCUGCUUUCGCAGACCCUAGUCCACGCAACAAGCGACCGCAGAGUAUCCCUGGCAAAGGCCGUUCCUCCGUGGCAUCCCGAGGCCCGUUCAACGAGCCUCUGGACAACAUGGGCGAAUUCAUUGAUUUUGAUGAAUUUGAACCGCCGGACUCAUCGAGAUGGGCCAAGUCGUCUAAGCCUCCCUUGUUGGGAUUAUCGGUCUACAUCAUCCAUAUCAAGGAAACACUUAACGAUGGUCUCUAUCCGGGUACAAGAAUUAUCAAAGAACUCCAGACUCGCAGCGAUACGGCCAAUUUAGGCUGCCAGUUCUUUCUUCCGGAUCCCCAAGAUCCACUUUUCAUUUGA